CGCACGCAUCCAGUCGGGUUCGCGUGACAUAAGUCCCAUACAUGAUACACAAAUUACUACGUGUACUUCAUUAGUUCAAAGAAACUUGACUGAAAAACUUGGUAAAUUGAUAAAUUUUUACGGAAUAUUUGUUACGAACAGUAAUCUAGUCAUGUGGGCGGAUACAGUUUUGAUUUUGUUUAUCAGUGUGUGCACGGCCCUUUUGGGUGAAGGCAUGACUUGGUUAACGGUGUAUAGAACAGAAAAGUAUCAAAAGCUCAAGGCUGAAGUCGAGAAGCAGAGCAAAAAGCUUGAAAAGAGGAAAGAAGCUCAUGGAGAUUCUUUGGAUAAACAGCAAAAGAAGAAAAUUGAACGAGAGGAAGAAAGACUGAAGAAUAAUAACAGAGACUUAUCGCUUGUCAAAAUGAAAUCUAUGUUUGCCAUUGGUUUUGCUUUUACAGCUCUCUUGAGCAUGUUUAACAGCAUUUUUGAUGGACGUAUAGUAGCCAGACUGCCAUUUACUCCUAUUUCUUGGAUCCAGGGUUUGUCCCACAGAAAUCUGCCUGGUGAUGAUUAUACAGAAUGCUCCUUCAUCUUUUUAUACAUCCUUUGCACAAUGAGCAUUAGACAGAAUAUACAAAAAAUGUUGGGCUUUGCGCCAUCCAGAACAGCAAGUAAACAAGGCGGUGGUUUGUUCGGACCUCCUCCUCAACAAUUCAAGUAAAAAUAGUGUAGUGAAAUAAAAAAUCAAGUGUCAAAGCAAUAACUGAUAAGACAGUCUUAAUGAUUAAGAUGUUACAAUGUAUAAUGUAUAAGUAACUUUUGUGUCAUUCAAAUGAAAAGUAUAUCAUUUAUAAACAGCGGAACAAAUAGUUUAUACAUGUAUUUGAUAACAUAUACUUUUUUUCACUCAAGCAUCAAGUGAACAAAUGAAGUUAGUUCUAAUUUAAGUAACUCGACUUGUUAAAAUUAUUCAAUUGUUUUUACGUUAAUAAUAAAUUUACGUUACUUAGAAUAAAAGUGUUAUUUGAGCAAAUUCAAGUUAA